AGCUGGACGACCUGGCCAGGGAGGGUGCGCUGCCCAUGGAGGAGCUGCUCCAGCGUUACCGCGGCGCCUUCGCCGACUCCGACUGCGACUCCGCCCCCGGCGCCAGCAGCACCCGCUCAGACUCACCUGGCAGCGACGAUGACGACGACGAUGACGACGAUGAUGACGACGACGACGAAGCCGACGACGAAGACGAGGAGGAGGAGGGGGAGGGGCAGGAGGGGGGCGUGGCCGCGGCCCCGGGCGAGCCCGGCGAGGUGGGCGUGGCCGCCCCGCCCGCACCCGCCCAGGUGGGCGGGGCCGCCGAGGGGGCGGAGCCGGCGGCGGCCGCGGGAGGCCCCGCCCCCAAGAAGGAGAUCAGCGACAUCGCGGCGGCGGCCGAGAGCCUGCAGCCCAAAGGGUACACGCUGGCCACCACGCAGGUGAAGACGCCCAUCCCGCACCUGCUGCGCGGAACCCUGCGCGAGUACCAGCACAUCGGGCUCGACUGGCUCGUCACCAUGUACGAGAAGAAACUGAACGGGAUCCUGGCCGACGAGAUGGGGCUGGGAAAAACCAUCCAGACGAUCUCGCUGCUGGCUCACCUGGCGUGUGAGAAAGGUAGCUGGGGCCCUCACCUGAUCAUCGUGCCCACCUCGGUGAUGCUCAACUGGGAGAUGGAGCUCAAGCGUUGGUGCCCCAGCUUCAAGAUCCUCACCUACUACGGGGCACAGAAGGAGAGGAGGCUCAAGAGACAGGGCUGGACCAAGCCCAACGCGUUCCACGUGUGCAUCACCUCGUACAAGCUGGUGCUGCAGGACCACCAGGCCUUCCGGCGCAAGAACUGGAAGUACCUGAUCCUGGACGAGGCGCAGAACAUCAAAAACUUCAAAUCCCAGCGCUGGCAGUCCCUGCUCAACUUCAACAGCCAGCGCCGGCUGCUGCUGACGGGGACGCCGCUGCAGAACUCGCUGAUGGAGCUCUGGUCGCUGAUGCACUUCCUGAUGCCCAGCGUGUUCCAAUCGCACCGCGAGUUCCGCGAGUGGUUCCACAACCCCCUGACGGGCAUGAUCGAGGGCAGCCAGGAGUACAACGAGAGCCUGGUGAAACGGCUCCACAAGGUGCUGCGGCCGUUCCUGCUGCGCCGCCUCAAGGUGGACGUGGAGAAGCAAAUGCCCAAGAAGUACGAGCACGUGCUGCGCUGCCGCCUCUCCAAGCGCCAGAGGUUCCUCUACGACGACUUCAUGGGCCAGGCCAGCACCAAGGCCACGCUGGCCAGCGGGCACUUCAUGAGCGUCAUCAACGUGCUGAUGCAGCUGCGCAAGGUGUGCAACCACCCCGACCUGUUCGAGCCCCGCCCCGUGACGUCACCGCUGGUCACGCCCGGCCUCAGCCUGGGCGCGCCCGCCCUGGUGCUGCGGGCGCUGGAGCCACACCCCUUCCAGCAGGUGGACCUGUCCCCGUUCGAGCUGGCCGCCCUCGAGUCGCACCUGUCCCGCUACGCCUGUGAUUGGUUCCUGCCGCGCUUCCGCGUCACCCGGCGCCACCUGGAGGACGUGGCCGCCGCCCCCGAGCCGCCGCCCCGCCCCAAACCCGUGCGCAUGAAGGUCAACAGGAUGCUGCAGCCGGUGCCGAAGGCGGAGCCAAGGGCGGUUCUGCUCCUCCCCGCCCCUCGCCCCGCCCCCGGGGGCGUGGCCUCGCCGAGCCCCGCCCCCUCCACGCCAAGCCCCGCCCUCUCUGCUCCAAGCCCCGCCCCUUUGCUGGUGCAAGCCCCGCCUCUCGUCACGCUAAGCCACGCCCCCAGCGCUGGCCCCGCCCCUCUGGUGACGACGCAGGGGGCGGGGCUGAACCUGGGGCUGGGAUUGGCGCUGGCCCCGCCCCGGGCCACGCCCACUCUGCUGGCUCCGCCCCCCGGAGGGCCAGCCCACGCUCUCCCGGCUGCUUCAUUGGCCACGCCCACCCCGGCAGGAGGCCCCGCCCCCGUGGCCACGCCCACACCGAAUAUGGGCAAAGGGGCGGGGCCGGCCCCGCCCCCUCCCGUGGGGGGCGUGGCCACGUUCGCGCUGCCCCAGCGGCUCCUGCUGGCCCCGGACAUGCAGGCCCGGCUGCCCUCGGGAGAAGUCGUCAGCCUUGGCCAAUUGGCGGCCCUGGCCCAGCAUCGCCCCGCCCCUCCGGGGGGCGUGGCCAAAACCUCGCCCCUCCCUCCCGCCGCCGUGGCCACGCCCCCUCCGGCCUCGGCCCCGCCCCCUCUGACGCUGCAGCUCCAGGGCAGCAAAGUCACGCUUGGCCCCGCCCCCCCAUUACGUCAUCUGGCCUUGGCCCCGCCCCCCGGCCGGGGGCUCGCACGUAACGUGGUUCACCUGGUGGCCGCGGGGGGGCAGCACCUCUUGGCCCCCCCGGCCCAGGUGACGCUGCUGGCGCCGGUGGGGGGAGGGGCAGCAAACCCGGCCCCGCCCCCGCCCGGGCUGGGGCUCCCCCUGGCGGCCGCGCAAGUGCCGGCGCCGCUGGUGAACAGCGGGGGCGUGGUGAAGAUCGUGGUGCGCCAGGCCCCGCCCCCGGCCCCGCCCCCUCCCCCAGGCCCCGCCCCCUCCCCUCAGCCCCGCCCCCCCUUGCUGCGGGUGCUGCCGGCCGCCCCUCCCCCACCCCCGCCGAGCCCCGCCCCCCCCGGAGCCCCCGUGGGCGGAGCCACGGCCGAGGCAGCCCCGCCCCCUCCCCCGCAGGCCCCGCCCCCGCCUAAGGAAGAGCCGGAAGUGACGUCAUCGGUGUCCCCGCCCCCUCCGCAGGCCCCGCCCCUUCCGGCCCCGAGGCCCCUCCCCCUCCCCCGCCGGCAGCCGCCGCCCCCCCCGCGCUCCCCCUUCUACCUGGAAUCGCUGGAAUCGCGGCGGGCGCGGGGCCGGGCCGAGCGCCUGGAGCGGCUGCUGCGGCUGAACGAGCAGCGCUGCGGCCUCAGCCCCGUCUACGGGCAGGAGGUGCUGCGGUUCCUGACGCUGCCGCCCAGGGAGAUCCACCUGGGCAGCGCCGUGCUCGGGGCCCCCCAGCGCCUGCAGCAGAUGAAACCCAUCCUCGACAGGUUCCAGGUGGCCGUGCCGGCGGUGGCCUCCCGGGGGGUGUCCCUGCACAGCGCGCGCCCCCCGCCCUGGGCGCAGCGGCAGCGGCAGCGCCUGGAGCAGCGGCUGCGGGAGGAGCUGCGGGCGCGGGGGGCGCUGCCAGCGCCGGGGCUGCACACGCAGUUCCCCGACCCCCGGCUGGUGCAGUACGACUGCGGUAAGCUGCAGGCCCUGGACGUGCUCCUGCGGCGGCUCCGCGCCGGCGGGCACCGCGUGCUGAUCUUCACGCAGAUGACGCGGAUGCUGGACGUGCUGGAGCGGUUCCUCACCUUCCACGGGCACAUCUACCUGCGGCUGGACGGAUCCACGAGGGUGGAACAGCGACAGGCCCUCAUGGAGCGUUUCAACGCCGACAAGCGCAUCUUCUGCUUCAUCCUGUCCACGCGCUCGGGCGGCGUCGGCGUCAACCUGGCCGGGGCGGACACGGUCGUGUUCUACGACUCGGACUGGAACCCCACCAUGGACGCGCAGGCGCAGGACCGGUGCCACCGCAUCGGGCAGACCCGCGACGUGCACAUCUACAGGUUGAUCUCGGAGCGCACGGUGGAAGAGAACAUCCUCAAGAAGGCGAACCAGAAGCGGCUGCUGGGGGACAUGGCCAUCGAGGGCGGCAACUUCACCACAGCCUACUUCAAACAGCAAACCAUCCGCGAGCUGUUCGACAUGGCGCCCGACGACACCGCCCGCGACCGGGGCGACGGCGACGGCGACCGCGGGACAGACGGACACCGGGGGGACAGACGGACACCGGGACGGACACCGGGGGACAGACGACACAGAGGGACGGACGGACACCGUGGGACAGACGAGGACGACGAGGACCCCGCGGCCACCAGGAGGACGCACAUCCUGGAGCAGGCGCUGUGUGGGGCCGAGGACCCCGAGGACAUCCGGGCGGCCUCGCAGGCCCAGGCCGAGCACGUGGCCGCCAUGGCCGAGUUCAGUGAGAGCCCGAGCCCCGAGGGCGCCCCCGAGGAGGAGCUGAGCAAGGCGGAGCAGGAAAUCGCGGCCCUGGUGGAGCAG